UACUAACUGUACAUUGUGUUCUGUAUCUUUAAGAUGUCAGCCAUUAAGCGGGAGGCACUUAGUGUAUGAGUUCCCUACGUCACUGUAGCUUGCAGCCUGCCUGCUCUUGUUUCCGUGUAUCAAAUUGUAUCUCAUUACUGAACUCUACGGGCAGGCCACUUAGCUCUUAGCAUUUUGGGAUUUUUUUAAAUUUCUUUUUUUUUGCAUUUUGUAAAAUAGUCAGUUUACUGAUGUUUGGAACUUGCAAGCUACUGUGCUACCAUGUGACAGGAGAAAGGAUUAUUUUAUGAUUAUUUUAUAGAUGACAGUAUGGAGUGUGACACGUUUAAUAUUUUAAUUUAAAGUUUCUUUCCCCAGCUGAUAGGAAGAGAUAGAAGUAAGAAGAAACCAAAGAAAUCUCCAGCAUGCCCAUGGUUACAGGGAUUAUGGAGAGCAAGGAGAACGGUGCUGUGGAUGUUAAAAACUCAGUGGAGAAUGGGAGACCGCCCGAUCCAGCUCACUGGGCUGUGGAUGAUGUUGUAAAUUAUUUCAAAGCUGCAGGAUUUGAAGAACAAGCAAGUGCAUUUAAAGAACAGGAGAUUGAUGGAAAGUCUUUAUUGCUUAUGACAAGAAAUGAUGUUUUGACUGGACUUUCAUUAAAAUUAGGCCCUGCACUCAAAAUCUAUGAGUACCAUGUGAAGCCUUUGCAGACCCAACAUUUAAAGAGCAGCUCUUCCUAGGUAUGAAGAAAUGGAGUGUAUAAUACAGCCACAUCUUAACCAAAUAUGAACCUCCGCCCAGUAAGAAACCUAAUUAAGGAACUGAAAGAGAAAUUGACAAGCUCAGUUUGCAGAAAUAUUUUGUAACUUCCCAAACAGUUUUCAAAGGGAAGUAAACACAUAUGGUGUUUUUCUGCUGAUUUGAGGAAAAGGCAAUGCUGUUAUGGGGCACUCUAGAAAUCGGCAACAUUUUCCAGAUAACUCAUUUAAGUGCUCGAUUGUUUAAGGACUAUUGCUUGACAAACAUGUAAACACCGUUUUGGAUGCUGCUGAUAUUCUUUAUAGUCAUUUUGUUUAGGUCUAAAAGAAACAAUGGCAACUUGAGUUAAUAGAAGAGGCACAUAGUACUGAGUAAAUGCGAUUCUGCUAAAUACUACUUGAGACGUGCACUGACAUUUCCAUUGGAUCCAGGUGCUGACCACAAGUGGUUGGUAAAAUGUUACACUUCAAGCUCCUGCAAGCAAGAGAAUUUUUAUUUUGUGAACAGUUUGAUGGUUCAGAAUGUUUUCAUUUCUUUGCAUUUUGGAGUAAGUGAUGAACUGGCUGAACAUAUAUCAAAAGUUGUUGCUAGCAGAGUUGGUUCUGUUCACAGGUAUGUCAGGAACCAUAUUGCUCUGCCUAAAAGUGACAUAGAAGCACAGAUAAUUGUGUACGGAACAAAUUUUCGUACGAAAUUCGGUGCGUGUGUGGUGGGAAAAGAGCCGGCCAAUAUCAGCAGAAGACUUGGAUAUUGGUCGAUUGGGCUGGACAGAAAA